AUUAAAUGUUGAGUUGCUAUCAACAAUGGACAAGUCGACAGCCAUAUGUAUAGAUGAGCUGGUGGUAGUGUUGUACUCCAUAGCCUUCAAACUCCAUAUCACAUUUCUCCCUCCCUCUCUCUCUCUUUGAAAUUUUUGCACCCUAGCUAAACCACUGAAAAAGAGUUCCAAUGGUAGUGUUGUCAUCAUCAAUCCUGACUACUAGUCUAGCAAUAGAUUUAGCGGUGGCUGUCGUAAAACAAGUACUCGAUCGUUAUGAGAGAUCUGAAGUGAAAUUACAGCUACCAUCCUAUGAUAAUCUCCUCGAGAGGCUGAAGAAUACAUCAAAUUUGAAAUUAGAUGAUGGCCGUGUGAGGAGUGAAACUGAGAUGAAUAGUGUGACUGUUUGGAUCUCAAAACUCAAGGAUGUCGCUUAUCUUGUUGAAGAAGUACAUGAUGACUACGCCCUCGAAAUGCUUCGCAAGAAGCUGGGUGCAGGGAGGCUCAGGCGAGUUAAAGGCAAGCUCAGAAACUUAAAGAAAGGGGGCUUCCAUAAACAAAUGUCUGAAAGAAUUAACGACAUUGUUUCCAUGUUCGAUAAACUUGAGAAGGAGGCUAACAGUGUUGGUCUCAUCAAUCAGUUAAAAAAUGAAAGAAUCGCAGUAUCCAGUUCUUAUGAUUUUACUUAUGAUUAUCAAAGGGAUUUGUAUCAACUUCGGAAACAUGCUGCUGCACCUGGUUCUAAAUAUAUUGGGAAGGAGCUUGAUCGAAAGAAACUAGUACAAUUGCUUUGCAAUCACACCGCCAAUGCACCCGAUUUUUUCAGAAUUAUUGCCAUCCAUGGGAUGGGAGGUCUUGGAAAGACAACAUUAGCAAGACAAAUAUAUGAGCAUGAGGAAGUUGACAAAUAUUUUGAUAAGAAAAAAGCUUGGGUAUGCGUGUUCAAGAACUUCGUAGUUCAUAGUCUUUUGAAGGAAAUGGUUGAAGCACUAACGUCACAGAAAUGUGAGCUGGAAAACACAGGUGCGGUGAUGAAAAUACUUAAAACAGAGUUAAAGGGGAAGAAAUUCUUGCUCGUACUUGAUGAUGUCUGGAAUAACGACAAAGAGUUAUGGGAUUCCCUUGGACAUGAAUUGCAGAUAAUUGGGGGUUUACCAGGAAGUGUGAUUUUGAUUACCACUCGUAGCAAACAAGUUGUGGAUGAAGCAGGAGCUGUAUAUGUGCAUGAGCUUAAGGGAUUAUCGACAGACGAUAGUUGGGCUCUGUUGAAGUACCAAGUUUUUCCUAGCGAGACAUUCUCCUUGCCACAUAUUUCUUCUUUUGAGGAUGUUGGGAGAAAGAUUGGCGAAAAGUGUAAGGGUGUACCUUUGGCAAUAAAAGGGAUUGGUAAUAUGUUGAAGUCAAUGACGAAAUAUCCAUCUGAGUGGGAAUCAAUACAGAGAAGUGAACUAUGGAAUUUACCACAAGAUAAUCACAACCACAUCAUGCCUUCAUUGUUGUUAAGCUAUAAUCGUUUACCUUCUGCAACUGUGAAACAAUGUUUUGCAUACUGUGGUGUCCUUCCUAAAGGUAGCUUACUUGACAAAGAUAAGUUCAUUUAUCUUUGGUUAAGUCAGGGCAUUGUUCAUAAAAAAGGCAGCUCGGAUACGUUGAAAACAGGUGAAUAUUGCUUUCAAGUGUUGUUCAAUAAUUCCUUGUUGAUAGAGGACAUCAGUGAUGAUGAAAACGAGCCAGUUAUCAAGUACAAGAUGCACGAUUUGGUGCAUGAUCUUGCAAACUAUGUUUUGCAGAAUGAGUUGUUACUGUGGAAGGACGGAGACAUACAGCUUACAGAUGGGUGCAGCUAUGUGAGCUACCGGCAUGUUAUAUGUAACUCUGGAAAAACUGCAGUAGCAAUGGAAUCUUCCGCGGAAGCAAAUGCAAUGAUACCGAAGCUACGAACAGUGAGUGUUUGGAAUGGUGUGCCAAAUUUUGAUUUGCUGAAAAGUGCAACAUACUUGCGCACGUUAAUAAUGGCAAAAAUUGGGCUAACGGAGGUUCCACCUGCCAUUGAGCAUUUGAGACAUCUAAGGUAUCUUGACUUGUCUGAUAAUGAAAUCGAAAAAUUACCAAUGUGGAUAGGUGAACUUUACCAACUCGAGAGCAUCUUCACAUCAACAUUUGUGCUUGCAAGUAAAGGAUCGUUACGAGACUUGACAAGCCUGCAGACCUUGCCUCGACUUGAGUUGCGUGAUGGAAAAGGAUGGACCAUUGAUGAGCUGGAAAACUUGCAGGAACUUACGGGUGAGAUUCGCAUUAAGCGCCUUGAUUGUGUCAAGAACAAGCAAGAAGCAACAAGAGCAGGCCUUGGAAGUAAGGAGAAGAUUCUGAAAUUACGUUUGAUCUGGGAUUAUCAGAAGAGAUCAGACAAGAAUAAUAAUGAUGAGAAUGUUUUGGAUGGGCUUCAGCCUCAUCCAAACAUAAAAUCAUUAAAUGUAACGAGCUUUAACGGCGAAAAGUUUCCUCCUUGGAUGAUGAAAAUGGUCGUUGAACAAGGAAUACUUGAAAAUCUGACAGAGGUGGAACUAUGUUCUUGUUACAAGUGCAAAGAUCUUCCAACACUCGGCCAGCUGCGUUCUCUCGAAAUUCUCAAGUUAAAAAAUUUAGAUUGUGUGGAAGGUAUAGGCAAAGAGUUCUAUCGAAACCAACCGAAUACCUCACUGCAAGCAUCACUUUUUCCUGCUCUUAAACGUCUUCAUAUUUAUAACUUAACUAAGCUAAAAUCCUGGGAACCACCUCCUGAGGAAUUAGCAUCAGCAAAAACUAUUGCAUUUCCUCGUCUUGAAACUCUAGAGAUAAAAGGUUGUCCGCAUCUGAAAACAGUACCGGUCUUAAAGCUUGAGUCACUUAGACAUCUAACUUUUGAAGGACUUGGUCAUACUGAACCCUUGGGCAUUAUCAGAUCUAGUCACUCCCUCAAAGAGCUCAAACUGUCGAAGAUGCAGAAUAUCAAAAGCCUACCUCUGGAGUUGGAUUUAAAUUAUUCGACUUUGCAAGCACUUGAGAUUCAUGACUGUGGUGAUCUCACGUCUUUCCCCAUUGGGAUUCACCAACCCUUUGUAUAUCUUAAGAAGAUAACAGUAAGCAAGUGUGGAGCCCUGAGUUUUUUACCAGGGGAUCUUUUCCAUGGUGUCUCUUCUCUACAAGAAUUAGUCCUUGAAGAUUGUAAAGGUUUGAAAAGGAUUCCGACUAGUCUGACACACUGCACAUCUUUGGAGCGUUUGAGGGUGAAGAAUUGUCCAUCUCUGGAGAAUCUUGUUCCUGAUGUUGUUAGCAAACUGCAGGGGCUUUUGGAGUUGACGAUUGUUAAAUCAGGAAAGUUGUCUUUGGUGCUACAAUCCAUUCGUCAUCUUCAGUGUCUUCGACAGUUGGAAAUUGGUGGGUUCGAAGAUGACCAAGAUGGUACUAGUAACCACUCUGAUAUGACACCCCUCAGUAGUAGCGGAUCCCUAAGAUGUCUAAUAUUGAGAGAUUUCGCGAAACACUACUUUCUUCCUCCACAACUUCGUUUCCUCACUAGCAUUAGACAUCUGCAUAUCGAAUCAUUUGCUGAAUUGGAAAAAAUUCCGGUGUGGAUUAGCAAGCUGUCAUGUCUUGAGACAUUGGAGUUGAGGUCAUGCUACAAGUUGAAAGAUCUUCCAUCUGAUCAAAAUAUGCGUUGUCUUUCUUGUUUAAGGAGUCUACAGAUUGAAAAAUGUCCGCUUCUGAAAGAAAGAUAUGGAAAUGGUUGUGAGCCUAAAUGGGUAAAGAAUCUCAGUUGUUCCCCAUUUUUAGGUGAUGACUAUCAUGUUAAAGAAUGAGAAUGGAGAACAUAAUCAGAAGGAUAAACCGUUCAAAGGAUGAUUUUAAAGUUGCAUCAGACAAUGGAAGGUUGAUUGUUGAUUGCAAGAGAAGCGUAUGCUAAAGCGAGGAACUGCAAAGCAAGAGAUAAAUAACCACAUAAUAUAAAAAUUGACAUGGUAUUUCAAGAAAUUGCAAUAAGCAAAAUACUCCUAUAUCUGCUAUAUGAUAAAUGCUUGGACAUGCCACACAUGGGAGACUGCGAGUUUGCGAGCCUUCGUUGAUAGUUCGGUUGGCGCAAAUAAUUACAUGCACCCAAGUGCAUGUAGAGCAUGGUGUACCCUUUUCUAAACUAUGUCGUUUAUCAUUUUUAGAGUCUAUAAUUUUAAAAAAUUAUUGUUAUUUGCUUCCUUAAAUUUUGCAACUAAUGAUUCCUUUUUCAAAUUUAAAUUUAAAAGGUAUAUAUUCUUUUACCUUAAGUGUAGAUGUUCAUUUAUUAUAUAUUCUUUUCAUUAUAACGUUCGUUCUUUUAUAAAUAUAAAUUUACACGUUCUUUAA